UCGAAAAACUUCGACAGCAGACAAAAACACCUGUUUGGAUUUUUCAUCGAUUGGGUCGCUCCACCUCUAUACAUUUACCUACCCACAUCAGGCUGAAAUGUCCAUGUACAUGUAGAUGCCUGCUUUGCUUCGAUGUAUCGAUCAGGAUUCAAUCGGCCCUGGGAUAUUUACGACUGGGAUGUAGGUGUCCGCAAUUUGUUUGCUUUUCUACUGGGAUUUUGGGUGGAUAUCGCCAGAUCUACGCGCGUGGCACAGUGCAUGAAGGUUGAAACUUAAACUCGGACCGGGGUGCAAUUCAACUAUUUAUCUGAAAUCGGAUUGUCAGUAGAUUCACUGCUUCGCUUUUGCCAAUUCCUCGGCUAGCUCUCGUCGCUUCCAAGAUUGCCUUAAAUGUUGAAGGGCGUUUAAGAGUGGACUUUCUGAUGUAUCAAUAUGUGAAGAAAACGAGAUGCUGACAAGUUCCAACCAAUAACACGUCUAUAGAUGAGUGAACACAACGACCAGCAGAAAUAUCGUCCAGCGAUCAUUUUGAGCGUCAAUAUGAAAUUGGAAGUGCAAACAUGGCGAAUGCUACAGUGCCUUCUGCAAAUUUGACAGUCUAAGACAGAAGAAUCAGAAAUCAUAUUUGAUCAAGAUCAUCUCUGUCCAUCUCUACGCGUAUACAAUUUAUCAACACACCCAGACUGUUCCCUCCUCAAAUAAACAAAGAACUCAAACUGGUUUUUUGGCCAGUUUUUAUCCGCAAAAAAUUGAAACAAUUAUCUUCCUCCAGAUUUGUCUUCCAAUUUGUAUCCUGAGGAGUUUUUAAUACAAAAGCUCAAAUUUCCGUAUUUUUCUUUCCCAAAGCAUAAGUAAUUUCCAACUGAUUUUUCAGUGUUCACAGAACUAUACGUGUUUAUGAAUUUGCAUCCUGCUAAUUUUUAGAGAAUUAAUGAUACAACUGAACAUUCCAUAUUUGCAGUAAAUAAAUAGUGAGUAGGCAUUUUGUGUUUCACUGAAGCUUUGAAGUUUUUUAAAACUUUUCCAAGUGACUAGUGACAGAAAAGAAAUUCCCUGGUUGUAAAAGUUGUUCCCGGGUUUAGAAGUUGAGUAAAUCCAACAGUUUUGGAAAGAUUUUCAAAAUAGAAUAUUAAGGUAAAGAUUGGUUCACAAGAAGAAACAUUUCAAACCUGCAACAAUGGAGUCCCAACUUGCAACUUCCGACAUGGUGCCCUCACCCGACGACAUGAAGCGUAUCAUUGCCGACAAGGCGAGGGAGCUGUUUAUCGUCUGCGACAAGGAAGAGAAGGGCUUCGUCUGUCGGCGCGACAUGCAGCGGCUAGAUGGCGAGCUGCCACUGUCCCCCGAACAGCUGGAGGAGGUGUUUGAUUCGCUCGACGAUGACGGAAACGGAUUCUUGACGCUGGAAGAAUUCACCGAUGGCUUUGGAGGUUUCCUCGGUUUGAACCUUGACCCCGACAUCGAGGAUGAGAGCGACAAGGCAGAGAAAGACGUCUUUGAAGAUGAGAAACUUGAUGACGACGCCCUAGAGAACGACUACCACAAAGUGAUGGAUUCCCUUGGGGCAACAGGAAUUUUUGAGGAGCAAGAUCAUGUCAAGGAUCUCUGGAAGAACCUGCGCAAGAAUGAGCCGGAACUGCUGGGGAACUUAGAGGAUUUCAUCCAGAGAGUGUGCAUGGAUAUGCGCAAGGCGCAGCUGACGACGGGCGAAUUGGAAAACGCUCUUAAAACACGAGGCACGGCUCAUGAGUUGGAGGUGAAGAGAUUGUAUGAGGAGAUGGAACUGCAGAUCAGAGCCGAACGAGAGAGGAUUCUUCACGAGGAAAAGGAGAAGGAGAAGAGGGUGAGAGAAGAGUUGACAUCGCUGAUGAGAGGCAAAGACGAGCAGUUACAGGAGCUCUCGAAGCGACAAAUUGAGCUGGAAACUAAACUGAAGAGCCUGAGCGACCUGGAAGAUGACAUCAAGCAGGAAAAUGAAAUGUUGCAGAAGACCAAUUUUGAACUGAGGACAAAGUUAGACGGUUCCCUGAUGGAUCUAGACGAGUCGAAGACCUACCUCAAAGACAUCCAAGUCAGCAUGAAGAAAGAGAAACGAGACAGGGCCCAUGCUGCGUUGAAAGUGACGGAGAACAUCAUGGAAGAGAGAGAGAGUUUGGUUAAACAGCUGAACCUGCUACGGACGAUGAACAAGAAACUCCAGGAUGAGAAAGACGAGUACGAGUCUCGCCUCCGAGCCAGAGAAGCUCAGACCGAGAGUCAAACUCAAAAUGCGCCGUUGGUUAAGCAAGGAUCCGUCUUGGCUCCCUAUGUCUCACCAGCAAGGGAUAGAAUCAAGGGGCAGUCACGGCAGGACGGGGUAGACGAGGAGGAAGGCUACAUCAUCGACGAGGAGGAUGAAGUCGAGGUUGACGACGAUGUGUACCUCAAUGGCCACGGCACGCCGCUUCACGGGGUGAUCAACGGAGGGCUACCAGCCGACGGAGUCGAAGGGGAACGCAUGGACCUGGCGCUGGGCCACCAGUGGAGAAAAGAAAGGACCGAGGGGGGCGUUGAUGAGAUGGACGGGGGGAUCAUUAAACAGAGUGCCCAGAAUGUUUACUCCUCAGCCCCAGAAAAUAAGUUGGGCGCUCCCAACUCAGCAGAGAAUGGCGUUGGCGUCGCUUACAAGCCCAGCGGGCUUAGAGAAGAGCCUGUGGGAUGUCACUCGGCUAAUCAAACCAUGACAGAGGCAACCAGGAUGGCUGCUAGCCCUAAAGGUCCAGAGAGACUCUUCAAGGUGGUUUUCGUUGGCGAUUCAGGGGUUGGCAAGACCAGUUUCAUUCACCGGUUUUGUCACGAUGACUUCAGGCCGUCAUUCAGUGCAACUAUCGGGGUUGACUUCCAGGUCAAGACGCUGGCCAUCAAUGACUCCCUGGUGGCCCUUCAGCUCUGGGACACGGCCGGCCAGGAACGCUUCCGCAGCAUCACCCGGCACUACUUCCGCAAGGCCGACGGCAUCAUCAUCAUGUACGACGUCAACUCAGAGAACUCCUUCAUCAACGUCCGCAACUGGAUGAACAGUGUGGUGGAAUCGACGAGUGAGAGUGUGGUACGAAUGAUGGUGGGGAACAAGACCGACAUGUCAGAGGAAGGAGAAUCAGGCAAUAGACAAAUCAAGGAAGAUGUCGGGAAAAGCCUGGCUGAGUCCUACGGAUGCCUUUUCUACGAGACCAGCGCCAAGAGCGGACAGAACGUGAAAGAAGCCUUCCACACCAUGGCCAGCAUCCUUCAAGAACGAGAGGACGAAGACAUCGAGAAAGCCCUCAACCUCUCAGAUGAGCCAGCAGAAAAGGGAUGUUGUAAGUAACGGAAGACAUCAUCACCAAAGACUCGGAAAGGGUUUGGGUAGUGUUUGUUAUUGAGGGUCACUUCAAUUAUACCCCAGUGUUGUAGUCGAGAUGUCUUGCCAGUUACUUUUAAGUCACGGGGUAGUUUUUCCCCAUGUCAAGUCUGAAGUUAUUUGUUUUUCAAGCCUGACGUCUUUACUGCAACAACAGUGUUCCUGUGCCACUGGUCACCCCGUUACUUGUGACUGGUCUUGAGACUGAUCUUGAGACUGAUCUUGUGACUGGUCUUGUGACUGGUCUUGAAACUGAUCUUGUGACUGGUCUUGUGACUGGUGUUUUGUCUGGACUACAUCACCAACACUUGUAGAGAGUUUUUGUCACACCGGAUAGAUUUUACAAAAUACCAAUAAGGCUUUGCGGUGGGCAUUUUUGGAGCCAAAAUCUCCAUCUUUUAAAAGAAACAUUCAAAUGAAUUGUUUUUAUUACAUAUAUUUGGGACUUUGAGGGUUAUUUUGACAGUUUUCAUACUAACCAUUCCUUAUAUUUGCAAUGCUUGUAUAAAAGAAAUUAUAAACAAAAAAACUGCCAGGUGUUUUUAAGAGUAACUUGUUUGAUCUAUCGGUGUAUUUAUCUGAAGGAUGUGGGACGAGAACAGACAUUUUUAGCUAAAAUUACAAUUAUGCAUAUUUGAGCAAGAAAUGAUUUACUGCAGUUCUCAAAGUUUGCAGCCUUGUUCCAUGUUUGACGGCGUUUAUAUCGGUGUGUGCGUAUUUUGAAUUUGUUUUACAGUUAUAUAUAUAUGUAUAUGAGAAAAUAUGUAUUUAUAUUUUUUUCUGGGUGUAAACCUACUGCUUUGAAAUUUUACUGUUAGACUUGGAUGUCUGUGUCACGUGGCUGGCGAGGUUUAAGGUUUCUGAUGCCAGUCACUUUGGUGGAAAGCGGCGGAUAUUUGAAAUCAUGAGCUAUGAUCCUCAGCAGCUGAACAGAAAAAAUGGUUUCAGCUCUACAUAAGAGGCAAGAAGCAAGAACACAGUGUGUUAAGCUGAAACUUUGGCCUUUGAAAUUCUGCUUACUGGAUUACUGCUUACAGAUUAGUUGAGAGGAUCAUUUUUGGUUUAUUUGUUUCCCGGACCAAAUGAAGAUUUGGUGGCCUCUGUUGCUGAGGAAAGUUGAUCUUUUGGAUAUUGCCAUGAGAGACGCUGUUGAUUGCGGUGAGCAACGUUCGUUACGAUUGGCCAGUUAACGUUCUCUAAGCCAGUUGGUAGCCAGUUCUUAUCAUGUUGUUGCUGUAGUGAACACUGGUCAAAUAUAUAUGACCAUGUUGUGACUUCCAAAAAAUAGCCAGGGUAGUUCUAAAAAGCAGUCGAAGACAGUCCGUGAGUAUAAGACAUGGACUAACACGAAUGAGGAAUACUUGUAUGAUGGGAAAAUCAACUCAUUGGCCACAGUGAAGAGGUGGCCUUGAGGAAAAGGUGGCCACUGUAACUUGGUGUUGGCCUGCACUGUUGGCCUCAAGUGUUGGCCAGUGAAUCUCUCCACUGUAGCAAGACAUAGUCUUGUUGCAUACUGGUGAUAGAUACAUAUGGGUGUCCAUUGAAAAUGUCCACCACUGUGAACGAUUUCUGCUUCUGAAUAUUUUAAGUAGUAAUUUUGUUUUUCGCUAGUACUAGUGUUUUGACUAAUCUGGUCAUUUUCCAUAAAUUCUCUGGCUUGACUAUGCUGGUCAAAUUGUGAUCUUCCAUUCACUUGUGCUUCCAAAGAAAAUUUGUGGCUUCCAUUUUUUUUUUAGGCAUGCCACUUUUGUUAAGUUCCUGCCAUAUUUAAGCAAAGAAAAAUCCAAGCGAUCAUUAUUUUACAUUUUUGAAUUUUUCAUUGUUUGCUAACGUGCACUUAAUAUCUCUUGUUUUCAUAUGACAAUUCGUAUGACGUACAAUCAGACUCGGUACUGCAAGAUUUCACUCUUUUUGUAAAAAGCUGCACGUGAUGUAGAUCUAGCAUUUAAGCUAAUAAUUUAUCACCAUUUUGGGGGAUUCUGUCAACGCGCAUGCUUGGAAACGCCGUGGUAUCUCCAUUGGUGUAUUCAAGCAGAACCCAUCAUCCGUAGGUCUGUGAAGUUUCCGUUCAGUCCAGUGUGCCGUUUUGUCCUUCCUGCCAGUUAGAAUUGGGUCAUUCUAUGAAUUUGGGGCCCAAAAGUGUGACAUUUUUGGUGUCCAUGGUGCCCCGACCUGUGGAAAUUGACAUGGAAGUAUCAUUGAAAUUGACUUUCAGCUGCGUUUGUUUUGCAAGUGGUUUGUGUUGCUUAAUUGAUCAUUCACAGAAAUUAAAGACUACGUUCUAAACUUGCAAAGUUCUUUGUCAAAUGUGACAGGGACGCACACAGAAUUGGACCCCAGAGUUAUAAAAUGACCCAAUUCAGCUCUUUGUGCCUGGCUUUUCGUCCAUCAAGCAUGUUAGGGGGAAAAGUUAGCAUUGUUGGUGGACGUGUCUCGACAGAAUGGGCGUUUUCUAAGAUUGGUAUAUCUGGUUUCUCAUAAAAUUGGUGUCAAAAUGACCUCAAGACAUCAGUAGGGAAAAACCCUUGACUUGCACCAAAAUGAAAAAUGCAUUGCGAUGUUUUUGGAGACAAUCCAGGGGGGGGGACACCAUCUCCGCCUCUUUUAAGGUUGGAAUGUGCCGACAAAAAGCAAGGUGUGAGCCAUCAAUUGAAAACACCAUUCACCUUGACCCUUUCGUCUGGACUUUAUCUUGUCUUAAUGAAUGCCAAAGGUAGCACUUAAGGAAGUUAAACGGUUCUCUAUGUAGAAAUUUAGCAUCUAUCCAAAUUCCAAUUAUAAUUAUAUUGAAAUUUGAACAGUUGAAAAAGUGUGCAAUGGAAUGAAUGCCAAAUCAUAAUUUAUUAAUAUUUCGGAAAUUCUAUUGAGAAAUGAUUUACUAUUCAAAAUUCUGAAAUGUGAUGAAAAAGGACCAAGUUUCGGUGUCAGCUGAGAAGUGCCAGGAGGAAUGUUAGGGAGAGUGAUGGGCAUGGCUGGAUCUGGUUCUGAAGGAGGGGGGGGUUUGACUGCACAAUGUGGAAUUUCGACCGAUAUAUAAAUUUUGACCGCUUUUGGGCUCUAGUAUCAUCUUGAAUAGCACCAAAAUAUUCUCCCAAUAUUUAUAUUUCCAAAGCUGCAUGUGAUUUAAUUUUUGUGUGGUUUAAUUCAAAAUGUGCAAGGUUUAAUGUGUAUAUAUCUGAGAUAUUUUGUAAAUAGCACUGAAAUCAAGAAUUAUAUUUGCUCUCAUACAUGUAAUUGGAUUUAAAUCUUUUACCUCACAAGGUUAUUCUAUUUCUAGCUUUGUUAAGAUUGUUAGCACAAGGCCUUUGAUUUCUAGGUUAAAGAAGUUUAUAUGUUAACAUGUUUUGAUGAGAUUAGAAGCUUUUCAUGGUGGAGGUAGCAAGUAAACUGGAUAGGUUUAUGGUAGCACCGUGGAGGUAUCUCUUUGAGUAUG